CUAUCCUCUCCGGCUGAAGUGUAUCAGCUGACGAAUGGUAUCUCCCUCCUCUCGCGGAUGGAUUGCGCCGCUGAAGCCGGGCAGCCUGAUCGCUGACACAGGAGCAGGUUGCCAACCGCCCGCUCUCCUGCUGCUGGAUGUCUCACCGACCGACCCUCAAGUAAAACAUUUCGCUACCUAGAAAAUAAGGCUACUUUUUUAUUUUAUUUUUUAUUUUUUUUCUCGGGCAGGAAGCUACCCGCUUCCCCUCACCAUGGCUUCCAACUUCAACGACAUAGUCAAACAGGGAUACGUGAGGAUACGGAGUAAGAAACUGGGGAUCUUCCGUAGGUGUUGGCUGGUGUUCAAGAAGGCUUCCAGUAAAGGCCCCCGACGGUUAGAGAAGUACCCAGAUGAGAAGGCAGCCUACUUCAGGAGCUUCCACAAGAUCACUGAGCUCCAUAACAUCAAGAACAUUACCCGGAUGCCGCGGGAGACAAAAAAGCACGCUGUCGCGAUCAUCUUCUGUGACGACACAUCCAAGACGUUUGCCUGUGAAUCAGAGCUGGAUGCAGAGGAAUGGUGUAAGCUGCUGUGCGUGGAGUGCCUGGGCAGCCGUCUCAACGACAUCAGCCUGGGAGAGCCAGACCUGUUAGCAGCGGGGGUGCAGCGGGAGCAGAACGAACGUUUCAACGUGUACCUAAUGCCCACUCCUAACCUGGACAUCUAUGGGGAGUGCACCAUGCAGAUCACCCAUGAAAACAUCUACCUGUGGGACAUUCACAACGCUCGCCUCAAACUUGUCAUGUGGCCUCUCAGCUCUCUGCGCAGAUACGGGCGAGACUCCACUUGGUUUACCUUUGAGUCCGGAAGGAUGUGUGACACAGGAGAGGGUUUGUUCACGUUCCAGACUCGGGAGGGGGAGAUGAUCUACCAGCGGGUCCACUCAGCCACGCUGGCCAUUGCCCAGCAGCAUGAGAGGAUGAUGGAGGAGAUGGAGAAGAGCUCCCAGAUCCAUCCCAGAGAGACGCUAACCAAGUCCAUCUCCCUGCCACGCAGCGCCUACUGGCAGCACAUCACGCGUCAGAACAGCGUGGGAGAUCUCUACAGUUACCAAGGAAGCGGGCUGACAAUGACUUUUAUCCCUCGAGCACAGACGUUCCCCAGCUUUCUGUCUGAUGAACAGGAGGAGACCCAGCAACAGGAAGAGGCACCGUCGCCCUCUAGUGGCUGUGAAUCCAAUUGCAGCCUGAGACCCCUUCAAUGACAGAGAAUUGCUCCACCAAAACUGGACACUUUCCCCACCACUGUAGAGAGGAUGUAGAAAUAUGUAUAGUGACAUGUGUAAUAUAUCAUUUCCAGGUGAUACUUAAACAAUAGUGUCAACUGUAGAGCGAGUGGUACAUGAAAAGGACCCUGAAAAGGGACAUUUUUUGUGUGUUGUGUAACAACCGAAGUAGCUUCAAAGAUUGCACCAAAAAGUAAGUGUUUUAAUAUGUAUUCUGUUGUCAUUAUGCUGUUGGAGCCAGCAGGACCACCUUUGUAAAUCACUGCAUAACACCGUACAAGAAGUAAGAAGUACAAACACACUAAAGCCCGCUGUAAAACAAUGUGUGAAAAGGCUUUUGUUCUGAAAUGGAUGAAAUCACACCAGACUCAUUCCAACAAUGUCCAGCCUUAGCAACCAUUUUAAAGGGAAACUCAACCAUAAUCCUCUCAAUCCUACUCUACUUCUCUCCCUCUUUAGAAUGUGAAAUUGAUCAAAGCCUUACAAAGAAACAGCUUGUAUUUGAUUCAGUGAUGAAUCAGCUAAAGCCCUUAAUCGGUUACAAUCAGUCAUUCAGAAAUGUAAUUCAACUAUAUAGGCAGGGAUUGUCAUGUCCCAAAUUGUAGAAUGCAACCUUCUCACAGCCUCUACUUUAAACUGCCACUUCUACAUUACACUAACAGAGCAAUUUGAUUUCAGUAGCUUCCUAACUCCUAUCCAGCCUCAUAUACAGUAUCUGAUAACUGGUACAAUAUUGCAUCAUGGUAUUCAUGUGGAUUAUGGUGUCAAAAAAUGUGUCCUGCUUGUACGUUACGUCCAGAUUUAAAAAUAAAUAAAUGUUAGAAUCGAUAUUUCACUGAGGAAAUCUCUGCUGAGUAAAAUACGUAAAAUGAGACAAAAGUUGUUGAAGGAAUAGUUUGACAUUUUGGGAAAUUACAAAUUGGCAGCAGGUUAACUUGGCUUAGC